UGACAAAAUGAUUGGCCGUUAUCAUCCAUAAUCUAUCUGAUAGCUAAAAGAGCUGAUUCUCAUCUUCACACGGUCCAGCUCAAAAUUCUUCGAUUCCAUGGCUGCUCUCGCUUCUUCUUCGUCUUCCCUCUUCACCUCUAAGCCCUCCAUUCAUCUUCCAUCUUCCCUUUCUCCAUGUCUUCUGCGUUCAUCAGUCUCCCCAAUCUCUUCCCCUUCUGCUCUGACAUCCUCUUUCGCCAUUUCCCAUUCCUUUCUCCCUUUUCCCUCCUCUUCCAGACGCUCCAAUGUCUGCUCCUUCAGUGUCAGGGCUAGCUCUGCUGACAAGAAGAAUGUCUUGAUUGUCAACACAAACAGCGGCGGACAUGCCGUAAUCGGCUUCUAUUUUGCCAAACAGCUUCUGGGUUCCGGCCAUGAGGUCACAAUUUUGACUGUCGGUGAAGAGAGCUCCGACAAGAUGAAGAAACCUCCAUUUAACAGAUUCUCAGAAAUUGUGAGUGCUGGAGGCAAGACGGUAUGGGGGGAUCCUGCAGAAGUUGGGAAGGUUGUGGCAGGAGCUUCAUUUGAUGUGGUAUUAGAUAACAAUGGCAAGGACAUUGAUUCUGUGAGGCCUGUUAUUGAUUGGGCAAAGAGUUCUGGUGUGAAGCAGUUUCUAUUUAUCAGUAGUGCUGGGAUUUAUAAGCCAACUGAUGAGCCUCCCCAUGUUGAAGGGGAUACUGUUAAAGCUGAUGCUGGUCAUGUUGGUGUUGAACAAUAUAUUGCUGAGGUUUUCAGCAGCUGGGCUGUUUUCCGUCCACAGUACAUGAUUGGAUCUGGCAACAACAAAGAUUGUGAAGAGUGGUUCUUUGAUAGAAUUGUCCGGGACAGACCCAUUCCAAUUCCAGGCUCUGGGAUGCAGCUGACAAACAUCGCACAUGUCAGGGACUUGUCUUCUAUGUUGACACUAGCUGUAGAGAAGCCGGAUGAGGCACACGCUAACAUAUUCAACUGCGUGAGCGAUCGUGCCGUGACUCUUGAUGGAAUGGCCAAGCUAUGUGCUCAAGCAGCAGGGCGUCCAGUUAACAUUGUACAUUAUGAUCCAAAACCAGUUGGGGUGGAUGCAAAGAAAGCUUUUCCUUUCAGGAAUAUGCAUUUCUAUGCGGAGCCAAGAGCAGCUCAGGAGAUCUUAGGGUGGAAAAGUAGCACAAAUCUUCCUGAAGAUUUGAAGGAGCGAUUUGAAGAGUAUGUGAAGAUUGGCAGAGACAAGAAGGCUAUUAAGUUUGAGUUAGAUGAUAAGAUACUUGAGUCCCUAAAGGUUCCAGUAGCUGCUUGACCGUUCUUUGAAUAAUCGUGCACAACAGUACUGGCCAUCUUACAGUACUUCUACAUGUAUUCUCAUUUAUUGUACUUCUAUCAACUUAACCAAAUAACGUGAGAUUCAGAAGUGAAGUAAUUGAGCUUUCACUUCUGUUGCCCCA